GGGCCUGAGUCCACCAGGCACACCAUCAUCCUCUUUACCUGCGUGGAGGAUUUGGGUGGGGACUCCCUGCAGGAGUACGUCCGAAACUCCGACAACCGGAAUCUGCGCGACGUGAUUCGGCGGUGCGGGAACCGCUUCUGCGGGUUCAACAACAAGGCCGCGGGAGCCGAGCGGGAGAGGCAGGUGUCAGAGCUGAUGGCAAUGGUGCAGAGGACCGUUUUCCAGAAUGAUGGGCGAUACUAUGUCAACCGGCUGUACCUGGAGCCCAACUUACGGGACGAGCAU